AUGCUGCUGCAGGCGGCUCAGAAACGUGCACGUGUGAGCUGCUCUCCUUUGCUGUCGGUUGCAGGGCUUCAGAAGGCUUUCACGGCCAGCUUGGAAAGCGUUCAGCACGACUUGCCUGUGUUCUUGCAGAGCUACGAGAAGUCAACGUUCAAGACAAGCGCGACUGCUGUACUCCCAGAGUGGAAGCAGCACGAAGCUUUCUGGGCAGGGCUUCUGGAAGUUUUGCCAGAUGCCAUGCUGCCAACAGUUAAAGCGAGGGCUGCGCUAGAAGCUUGUCACGCCCAGCAAGCACUUGCUUCCGACAAGUACUUGGCCACCACUCCUCUGACAGUGCUUUUGGACCGGACCAUGUCCUGUUGCCGUGUGCAGUUGUCCAAGUUUCGAGAGCUUGCGACGGACGGGACUCUCUACGCAAGCGUCUCCCGACGAUGUACCGUAGACGAACUUGCGACACUCAACCGUCUCUUAGCUCUGACAACUCGAAACUUGAGCAACACAGGCAAGCAGACUGCCACGCAGCAGGCGCCGAGAGCUGAGUGCCAAGCUUUGCCAGACCUUGUGGUUGAACCGGAGGAGGCACUUCCAGCUGUCCAGUCCCUGGUGCUUUUCGAGCCGCAAGCUACACGGCAGAGCUUGUCCUCUUCUUCCUCUGCUAGCGGGAGAUUCAAGAGAUUCGUCUGUGUUGAUGAACUCUUUGGAGGAUGUGAGGCGCGUCAGGAGACCAGCAAGGAGGCGGAGACUGGAAUGAAGUCUUUCGUUUCAGGAAAAGACCGGCAAGCUCUCGAGUCCGCCUUGCUAGUUGUGCCUGCCUCUUCUUCGGAGAAGAAGCUCUUGAAAAAACAGAAAAAAGCUAGAGGAAAAGAACUGGCGAAACUUGCUGCAGCUCCAGCGAAGACAGCAGCAAAGGCUCAGGCCAAGACUGCCGCCAAAGCCCAGGCGAAGGCAAAAGCAGGGAAGAGUCCCUCCACUGCGCCGAAGUCCGACAAGAACAAAGCCGAAGCGACGCGGAAAACGUUGAAGACAAAGCAGGAGGAGCAACGUUUGAGGAAGAACUUUGCCUCUCGCCGCUACCACGAGGCGAAGAGGACUGCGAUUGCUAAGGGAAAGUCAGAGGCGCAGGGCUACAUCGCGGCCCGCGUGGCCCACCGAAAGGCUUUGCAGGAGUGGGACAG